GAAAGGCUGCUUUCGAAGCGGAAAAGCGGCAAAGUAAGUACUUAAUGCCUCUUUUAAAGCUGCUGUUCCAAGGCUUGUCUUUAGCUGACCGUUUCACUUCUUAUUUAUUUUCUGAUAGGAGAUAGAGUACCUUAUCAAGUGGAAAGGAUGGCCCAUGUCAUCAUGUACCUGGGAGCCUGCCCUCCAUCUAUCUAAAGAGCUUAUCAAGUGAGAUGAAUUAUUCCCGCAACAACAUAAUUUUUCAGUUCAUGCCAAAAUGUAAAGAAAGCUUAAAAAAGUUGAAGUAAAUAUAGUGCGUUUAGAACAAGACAGGCUUUUUAGUUGACUUCCAAUAUCUAAAAUACCUUGUUUUAUUAUAAGAAUAAUUAACAUAAGCUGAAAAAUGUAUAACCCUUUUGUUAAGAUUUUUUAAACGAUUUGUUUUUGUCCUAAUAAAUCUGUUUUCUAAAUCUCUUCUAGACUUUAUAAAAAGCCUCCACAGCUCUCAGAAAAAGAAAUUGCUUCAGCAUCUAAUGGCUUUUAUCUGGCACUUGCGCAGUUAACAUAGAGCAUGAUGUCUAUCGAUAUUUUGUCAACUACAAAGGAAUAUCAUCAAGGGACCCUAAGUACACCAUGCUCAGCUUAAAGGAUUUUAACAAGUUGUCUCUACCCUAUCAUUGGUCGUAUAUAUUUGGACUCUCGUGGCCAGGGAAAGGCCGAUGAUUUUCCUUUAAAGAUGAAAGCUUACCUUGGAAACUCACCAAAGCAUUUCGUUGUGCAUGCAGGGAAACGUCUUCAAGCACCAAAAAUGCCCCUUGAGAUGGUAUCGCUCACAAUGAAUACUAAAGCAUGCAGUGAAGAAAAUUUACCAACCUAA